AUGGAGUCGAGUGGAACGGACUCUUGUGGGGACAAGUGCGAAGCAGCAGGACAGGCAGGGUUAUCCGUGCAUCUCGCACCAGAGCUGUGGCUUCACAUCUUCGAAAUCGCCACACACGUACCGGGGGACCUAGGUCUAGAGAUCAGCAGCUCAGACCCAUUCUAUCUGUCACAAAGCACACAUGGAUGGGAGCCGCAGGGCUUGCUGAUGGCGUCCAUGUCAACCAGGUGCUCACUGGUGCGCGUAUGCCGGGAGUGGAGAUCACUUGCGACACCCAUCCUUUACCGAGUGGUUAUCGCAAACCACCAGCGGGGCCUGCGACUCUUGCACCGAACCCUCGUUGCCGCGGAACGUCCCGAGUGCCAUGAGAGAGCUGCGCUGCUUCGCGCAUGCGUUCGACGGUUCUACUGCAUCUUCAAUGGGCACUGGAUGCGCACCGAUAACUCCUAUCCGUACGAGUAUCUGGCCGAAAUCGUCCGCGCACUCCCGAAUAUCGCGAAUUUCACUAUACGCACUCGACUCGCAUGUGUGAGACCAUGUUGGUACUUCAAAGAUACCACUGUACCCUGGAGCGUGCUCUCGGCCUUAGCAGACUGUGGCGCGUCUCUGCGAGUGUUGGAGUGGGACUCGGACGUAACUCUCUGCCCGCGUCCGGACGAGUUCAGGAAAAUGCUCUCCCAGAUGCCGGGUCUACAGAUCCUCAAAUUCGGGAAAGAGUGCCCUCUAGACAUCGCGACACAGGAACUCACGCCUCUCGUGCUUCCGAACCUUUCUUUCGUCUCGCACAAGCUAUUCUCGCCGCGAUCUCCGCUGUGCCUCGGUCUUGAUCGCUUCGAUUCUCUUCAGGAGCUGUUCCUCCAAGUUCCACCGAAGUCGCUGGAUAUGCUCACACCGCCGGUAGCAUCGCAGAUCUCACGGUUGACUCUACGCACGCCCUCCAUCGGUGACAGUUGCACGGUCCAGGAGGUCGUGCGAGCGUUGCCGAACCUCCAGCAACUUGUCCUCUGGUACUCCGAUUGGCAUUUAUUCCCGCCAAACCUGUGGCUAUCCAAUAUCGAGCGUCUGGGUCUGGGGCGAGACGGAUGGAGCAUACGCAAAGAUAACAGUUACGAUGAAUUUCUGGAUAGUCUGUCGUCCAUGAAAGCUGACAAGCUCUCAGCUGUUCGCUUUCUCGGCCCUCAAGACGCAUGGUCGAAGUUGCGUAACGAGGAGCCAGGGAUUUGGGCUAGGUUUCAGGGCUUGGCACGGAGCAGGGGCUUUCGUUUUGAAGAUAGCUCUGGCAAAACCAUGCAGUAA